AUGGCAGACUUAGCUAUUUAUUCAAAAGCACAGGAAAUAUUAUGGAACGAACCACCUGCUAUUAAUGGCAAAGUCACCCUUCAGUUAGGAGGAAUGCACCUUACUAUGACUUUCAUCGCCAGCAUAGGUUUUCUUUAUAGGGAUGGUGGUCUGAAUAAUAUGCUUUCUGAUACAGAUGUUUAUGCUACAAACUCCUGUAAACAGAUUUUGGAAGGUAAGCAAUAUUCUAGAGGUAUUCGUGCGCUGACGCUUUGCGCCGAUGCAUUGUCUCGAUUGUUUUAUGACUCCUUCAGGAAGUGGAUGGAAGAAAAUCAGAAUGAGGAAAUUUCCACCUAUUACUUCGUAGAAGAACUAAAAAAUAAACAGUUGAAUGAGGAUUUGUUAGAGGACAUGUUAAGAAAACUUGCACCAUUGAAGGAAAAAGUAACACAAUUUGAAAGUAUUGGAAGAGAAUCAUCAUUCACAUUCGGCUACUGGCUUUCUUUUUCAAAAGCUGUUGAUCUAUUAUUGAAUCUUCUCAGAGCUGAACGGACCGCAGAUUUUGAAUUGCAUCUGAAUUGUAUCCAAGAACUUUUACCAUAUUUAAUAGCCGGAGGAAGACAUCUAUAUGCAAAAUGGGUGCCCAUAUAUUUGAGAGAUAUGUUAGAAGUCAAGUCGAAGAAUCCGCAGAUGCAUGAUACCUGA